AUGGGAGGACGGUCGCAGCCUGCGGAACCGAGUCAGGCCGGGGCGGAGGAGCGGGGCAAGGAACAGGAUGCGCCGGGCGAUUCAUUGCCUGAAGAGGAAGAGGCAUCACCCGCUCCGCUCCGCCCUGCCCAUCCCGCUGCUUUGCAUGCCCUGUACUUGACAUUCCUCUUUAACUGCUUUGGCGAGCAAUCGUGGCGCUUUGCAGGGACAGCUGCGCUCGCUUUAUUGCAUCACUCGAUACUGCCAGUGGCUGUGGCGAGAUUCGUAAGCCAGCUGGUGGCGUGUGUGGCGGCGCCACUGGUGGGCGACCUAUUGGACUCGGCUCCCAGGGUGCCCGCUCUCACAGCCAUUCUCGUCACUCAGUCCUCAGCCAUCAUGGUGGGAGCAGCAGCCACCAUGCACGCGCUGCACCUCGCCUUCCCUGACGCUGCAGCAGCAGCAGCUGCUGCCAGCACACCCGGCACGUCAGCGCUGUGUGCUCUACCCGCAACGGCGGUGCUGCAGCAGGGGUGGUUCGUGGUGGUGGUGGUGGCGGGUGCAGUGGAGCGACUCAUGGGUCUGGCCACAGGCGUGGCUGUGGAGAUCGACUGGGUGCUCGUGGUGCGUGCCCUGCCCUCUCUCUCUCUUGUGGGCCCUUUUGGGAGCAUGGGUGGGUGGGUGCAACGGGUGCGUGGUUGCGCGAGUGAAAUGUGA